GAAUCAUUCAAACAUUUAAUUGUAAGAGUAACAAUUCAAAGAAGUUUUUGUUGUUUUAUACCAAUAAAAAAGUUUACUGUGUAACUUAUACAGUUAAAUAUUAUAAAUGCAUUCGUUAAAAAGAAUAUUGGGAAUAAUCAAUCCAUACUACAAACAUUCUCUAAAAAGAUGUUUAACUUCUAAGUCGUGUGAGAAUGUAGAAGUCGAGGCAGAGCAAAAAGAAAAAAGUGUUAUAACCGAACAUUUUGAAGAGGUUACUUUAAUUGGUAUAAACCGACCAGAAAAAAAAAAUUGUCUAAAUGUUGCAACCGCACAACUACUGUCAGAUGAGAUAGAUAAAUUUGAAAAUGACGAAAAGUGUGCAAUUGGUGUACUUCAUGGUAUAGGAGGAAAUUUUUGUAGUGGAUAUGACCUUGCAGAAAUUUCACAGUACAAUGGAGAAAAUGAAGAAGUUUUACCACAGUUUGGGCCAUUGGCUAAUAAAAUUGAUUUAUGUAAAAAACCCUUAAUAGCUGCUAUAAGUGGAUAUGCUGUAGGUGUAGGGUUUGAACUUGCUUUAAUGUGUGAUCUAAGGGUAAUGGAGGAAACUGCAGUAAUGGGAUUUUUAAAUAGACGUUUUGGAAUUCCUAUCUUAUGUGGUGGUACUGUUAGAUUGCCAGCUUUAAUUGGGUAUUCAAGAGCAAUGGAUCUCAUUUUAACUGGACGUGGCAUUGAAAUAAAAGAAGCAUUUUCAUGGGGUUUAAUUAAUCGUUGUACAGCUACUGGUACAGCACUGGGUGAUACACUGAAUCUUGCAAAAUCAUUUACAAAGUUUUCUCAAAGAACAUUGCUUGCAGACCGUGCUUCUUCACACUAUGCCACAUUUUCUGCCAAACAAUUAGAAGAAGCUAUACAAUUUGAGAAAGAUAAUGCAUCUCAUUUACUAUUUGAAGAGGGAGUUAAAGGAGCAAAAAUGUUUGUUCAUGAAGGAAUAGGAAGACAUGGAAAAACCUACAAUCUGAAAUCAGUAAAUAGGAUGUUUAAGGAAUUUGAUGAAAAACUUUUAUAA